CACGACCUACAUCGGGAAUAUAUAAAUGUGUAAUAGAGGCCCUUUCCGGCAUAUCAUACAAAUAAAGUCUGUUUGAGUCGCAACAUUCGAAACCUCGAAGCCACAUAUAGUAUACUCCGGGCCUGCAAUCAUGGAUCACUCCAGCUUGCACGAGUUCAUCAUAUCCUCUUUUCUCAAGAACCAGCGUGCUCCCACCGUCAGCGACAUCGCAACCCGCUUCGAAAGUGAUGUAGCUACGACGAGGCAAGGCCUGCAAGCCUUGGCAGAAUACCAUGGUGUUGUCUUACACCCCAAAUCCGACGAAGUGUGGGUUUGCCAUCCCUUCUCGGCAGCACCCACAACCUGCAUUGUGUCUUCAGGGGAUCGCAAGUGGUGGGGGAACUGCGCCUGGUGCUCAUUCGGCGUGAUGCACCUCGUAGGUGGAACAUCGACCUUUACGACACGGACUGGCGCCAUCGGCGACGAAGUGACAAUCACGGCUCGGGACGGACAGCUGGUGGACACGGAUGAUUUCGUGAUUCACUUUCCGGUGCCCAUGACCAAGGUCUGGGACAAUGUCAUCUACACCUGCUCGGUCCAGCUGCUCUUUCGCAAUGAGGCCGAGGUGGACGAAUGGUGCGCUACAAGAGGGAUUGCAAAGGGAGACGUGCGUCCGAUCAAGCAGGUUUGGGAUUUUGCGAGGGAGUGGUACGGCCGCCAUGCCGACGCAGACUGGAAGAAGUGGACUGUGCGGGACGCCAUUGAGAUUUUUGGCCGUCACAAACUGACUGGUCCAACGUGGGAUAUCGGAGACGAGGCAGGGCGAUUUUGAGCUCCCUUGCUGCAAUAGCAAUGUGAAUGCAGCUCGCCGUUUUCCACAGUGGCCGGCGAGAAUCCUGAGUAGUAGAUACCAUCCAAUGCCUGUAUAUAAUCUUGGAGGUACACCAAAAGCUUUGUCAAGAAUCCUUGAUUCCGUACUCGUGCUCGU